CUUUGACAUAAUUAUAGCCUCACUUAAUCUUCCUCGCAUAUCUUCUUCCCAUUAACCAAAUCCCCAUUUCUCUCACUCAAACACAAAAAAACGCAGAGUGGGUUUCCCUCUCAUCUCUGAAAGCCAUGGAUGAAGAAUACGACGUCAUCGUGCUCGGAACCGGCCUCAAAGAGUGCAUUCUCAGCGGCCUCCUCUCAGUUGAUGGUCUCAAGGUACUGCAUAUGGAUAGGAAUGACUACUAUGGAGGAGAGUCUACCUCACUCAAUCUCAACCAGCUUUGGAAGCGAUUCAGGGGAGAAGAUAAGCCUCCAGAAACUUUGGGCUCGAGUAAAGACUACAAUGUUGAUAUGAUCCCCAAGUUCAUGAUGGCCAAUGGUGGUUUGGUUCGCGUCCUGAUUCACACUAACGUUACUAAAUAUCUGAAUUUCAAGGCUGUUGAUGGUAGUUUUGUGUAUAACAAAGGGAAGGUUCACAAAGUACCAGCUAAUGAUGUGGAAGCACUUAAAUCUCCACUAAUGGGAUUAUUUGAGAAACGACGAGCUCGCAAGUUUUUCAUAUAUGUGCAAGACUAUGAUGAGAAUGAUCCAAAAUCUCAUGAAGGAAUGGACCUCAACAAAGUUACAGCACGAGAGCUUAUUUUGAAGUACGGGCUAGAUGACAAUACAGUUGAUUUCAUUGGGCAUGCACUAGCUCUCCACCGAGAUGAUAAUUACUUAGCCGAGCCUGCUAUGGCUUUUGUGAAGAGGAUGAAGUUAUAUGCAGAGUCGCUAGCACGCUUUCAAGGAGGAUCUCCAUAUAUUUAUCCCCUGUAUGGUCUAGGAGAGCUCCCCCAGGCUUUUGCUCGGUUGAGUGCUGUUUAUGGCGGCACCUACAUGCUCAGCAAGCCAGAAUGCAAGGUAGAGUUUGAAAACAAGAAGGCCAUUGGUGUGACUUCCGAAGGAGAAACUGCAAAAUGCAAAAAAGUUGUAUGUGAUCCUUCAUAUUUGCCUGACAAGGUGAAGAAGGUAGGGAAAGUUGCCCGUGCCAUAUGUAUUAUGAGUCAUCCAAUCCCAAACACCCAGGAUUCUCACUCAGUCCAGGUUAUUCUACCCCAGAAGCAACUUGGACGUAAAUCUGAUAUGUACUUGUUUUGCUGCUCCUACUCCCAUAAUGUAGCUCCAAAAGGGAAAUACAUUGCCUUUGUUUUAACAGAGGCAGAGACCGAUAACCCCCAAGUGGAACUGAAGCCUGGAACAGAUCUCCUUGGGGCUGUAGAUGAAAUCUUUUUUGACACUUACGACAGAUACGAACCUACUAACCAGGAUGCUGGGGACAAUUGUUUCAUAUCCGCGAGUUAUGACGCAACGACGCACUUUGAGACUACCGUGCAAGAUGUGAUUGCCAUGUACAGCAAGAUAACUGGAAAGGCCCUUGACUUGAGUGUGGAUCUGAGUGCUGCUAGCGCUGCUGAAGAAUGAAAUUUCGGAACAAGAGCAGCUAAAACACAGUAGUUCCUUUAAUUUCCUCAUCUUUUUUCGUUUUUUUUCAAGCUCCAAGCUUAUUCAUAAUCUGUUUCUGUUCUUAUAUAUGUUGUAUUCGUUAAACAUGUUAAUUAGCAGCACCUUCUUUGCUUAAAAAGUUAUUCCGCUCCGAACAGUGUAGAUAAAUUUGAACAUUCUCAAAGGAGGAUAUAGAAUUUUUGUU